AUUAAAAUCUGUGGAUAAGCUGCUUCUGCGGCGAUCAAAAACGCCGUCGACGAUAAUAACCUCACCGGCGCCACCAACACCGCCCAUUCUAUCAACCAAACAAAAUCUCGCCGCUAAUUUCUCUCUCUAUGGCGCUUUAUUGCCGUGAUACACUAAUCAUCAUCUUCCAAAAGCUCACCGUCGCCGAUCUAGCGCGUGCGAGCUGCGUCUGUAAGGUUUGGAAUUCUGUAGCCACAGAAGACGAUCUUGUUGUAUCUGCUUUCACGGCUCCAUGGCGGAUCAAAGAACUUGUUGGAAGACCAGCUUCUGUUUCGUUUUGGAGAGAUAACGGAAUCUGGAAAUUUGCUAUUUCUCAUCGGAUUUGUCGUGGUGAUAGUGUGACUAGCCUCGCCGUCAAAUACGCCGUUCAGGUUAUGGACAUAAAGCGGCUAAACAACAUGAUGAGCGACCAUGGUAUUUACUCAAGAGACAGACUGCUUAUCCCAAUAAGCAAUCCUGAAAUUCUCGCAAACACUACGUGUUAUGUUGAGCUAGACAAAUAUGCCAAACGAGAAGUAGCCGUUCUUUACCUCGAAGGUGCACCGAAGAGAGAACAACCUGUACCUGGUACGAAUCAACAAUCCAACUUAUCAGCCGAUGGAAAGCGUAGGCUAAUUGAAUCUCUAAGGAGAAGCAUGCAAGUUGAUGAUGGAACUGCUCUAUACUACUUGGCUAUCGCUGAAGGUGAUCCUAGAUCCGCAUUGUCUGAGUUCUCGGCUGAUCUCAGGUGGGAGAGGCAGGCUGGUCUUAACUAGGCUUUAAGCAAAGUAUGAUCCUGGAUUUCUAAUCCAAAGGUAAAUGAGUGUUUAUAUGUAUGUAAUUAGCCUCUAGUAUAUAACAGUUAUGGGGUGUGAUUCCAGGCUCAAAACAUCGGUGCCCAGAGUUGAACCCAGAUUGAUACAUGUCCAUUCUUGCUUCUUGUUGUUCAUUUGGUGGUUUUGGUGACCAUAUAGCUGUUAUGUACCUAUGAAAUAUUGUUGUCUUCCGGUAAGAAAUAUACAUUAAACCCUGUUAAGUAUAUAAGUAAACUUUUGCCUUCUCAAAGUCUCACAUAAUAAAAUCGACAAAGUUCUUCUUUGACGGUCAUGGUGUGAUUAAUGUUAUGUGUUACUAUUGAGUUGAUUUUAUGUGUUCCUUCAACACUGUG